UUUAAUUUCAAAACAUAAACUAGUCGGAAACUUGAGCGGCCAGUGGCCACAUAUAAUGACGACAAACGGCACAUUUUUGUUGAGACAUGAAGAUGAAGAGAGUUAAGUCAGAGCUGUUCAAGAUUGUAAUGAACAGACAAAGAUCUUUUCAGUUUCUUUUAUUUCUUGCACUUUGUUACAUACUCAUUGUUACUGUAAUACAAGUACCAUUUGUUCUUAAAACCCCACUCUCUUCAGACACCUUGACUCCACCUCUGCAACUCAAAACUGAACUCCAGCUUGAUCAAAAACAAAGCCCAUCUAGGCCCACAAUAGUUGUAAAUCAAUCAGAAAAUGAGCCAUACAAGUAUUUGUCAAGAUUGAAUUUUGAUGACAAAGAUGGGCUUUUGUUAGGCAUUGACAAGUCUGUAAUUGAGGCUUUUCAAGUGGGUUGUAAGUUCUGGAGAGAGCUUCAAGAAUCAAGAAAAUUUCAGGGUCUUGUUAAUGCCACUGGUGUUGAGAAUGGGACUGAAUCUUGCCCACAUUCUAUUUCGCUUUCGGGUUUUGAGUUUAGUGAUAAGGGGAGGAAUCUUAUGGUGAUUCCUUGUGGGAUGGCAUUAGGAUCACAUAUUACUCUUGUGGCUAAGCCUAAAAAGGGUCAUUUGGAGAAGGAACCAAAGAUUUCUCUGUUGAGAGAGGGGCAGUCUGCAUUGGUGUCUCAGUUUAUGAUGGAGUUGCAGGGUUUGAAAAUUGUUGAUGGGGAGGAACCACCUAGGAUUUUGCAUUUUAAUCCUAGGUUGAAGGGGGAUUUUAGUGGGAAGCCUGUGAUUGAGCAGAAUACUUGCUAUAGGAUGCAAUGGGGUUCCGGGCUUCGCUGUGAUGGUUGGGGAUCAAGGGCUGAGGAAGAAACUGUUGACGGUCAGGUAAAGUGUGAGAAGUGGAACCGAGAUGAUGAUAAUCACUCUGAACGGUCCAAGACAAGAUGGUGGUUGAACCGGCUUGUAGGUAGAACAAAGAAAGUGACUGUUGAUUGGCCAUACCCAUUUGAAGAGGAAAAGUUAUUUGUCUUAACUAUUAGUGCUGGAUUGGAGGGGUAUCAUGUCAAUGUUGAUGGAAGACAUGUCACAUCAUUUCCUUACCGCACUGGUUUUGCCCUUGAAGAUGCAACAGGAUUAUCCCUAAACGGAGACAUCGAUGUCCACUCUAUAUUUGCUGCAUCCUUGCCCACGUCACAUCCUAGCUUUGCUCCUCAGAGACAUCUGGAUAUGUCCACAAGGUGGAAAGCUCCAUCUGUUUUGCCAGGACCUGUUGAAAUGUUUAUCGGUAUACUUUCAGCUGGCAACCAUUUUGCGGAGAGAAUGGCUGUCAGGAAGUCUUGGAUGCAGCACAAGCUUAUCAAAUCUUCAAAUGUUGUUGCUCGUUUCUUUGUGGCACUGAACGGGAGAAAGGAAGUAAAUUUUGAUUUAAAGAAGGAAGCCGAGUUUUUUGGCGACAUUGUCAUCGUGCCCUACAUGGAUAACUAUGACCUUGUAGUCCUGAAAACUGUUGCCAUUUGUGAAUAUGGGGUUCAUAGAACAGCUGCUAAAUACAUCAUGAAGUGUGACGAUGACACAUUUGUAAGACUAGAUGCAGUCAUUAAGGAAGCAAAUAAAGUAGCUGAUAAUAGGAGCUUGUAUGUUGGAAAUAUUAAUUACUACCAUAAGCCCCUGCGAAAUGGUAAAUGGGCAGUGACAUAUGAGGAAUGGCCAGAGGAAGAUUAUCCACCUUAUGCAAAUGGUCCGGGAUACAUUAUUUCAUCAGAUAUUGCACAAUUUAUUGUUUCCGAGUUUGAGAAGCACAAACUAAGGUUGUUCAAGAUGGAAGAUGUUAGUAUGGGGAUGUGGGUGGAAAAGUUUAAUAGCUCAAAAAGUGUUGAGUAUGUACACAGCUACAAGUUCUGCCAAUUUGGAUGCAUCGAAGACUAUUAUACCGCACAUUAUCAAUCUCCUAGACAGAUGAUGUGCAUGUGGGAUAAACUGCAAAAAGGGAAAGGUAAACCCCAGUGUUGCAACAUGAGAUAACAGUGUCUGCAACAAGAAAGACUCGUAUUUGUAUUUGGUGUAUAUAUUCUCUGGAUGCUGGAGGCUCAGGGUAGAUAUAACGAGGUUUUUAGAAGCUCUGCUAAGAUAUUCUUUCAUUUUUUUCUGUUCCUUGUAUGGUCACAGAACUGCAACUGUGUUACAUUUACCUCUGUAAAGACCAUAUUUACGUAGCUCUGAUAUAUGCAACAUAAUAGAAUGGAAUUUUACUUA